AUGACUCAAAUUUCGAGUUCAAGCGCUUCUCGGCCAACCGAUAAGGCUGUUUCGGGUGAUGGAAAGCAAAGCAGUUUCGUUACAAUUUUCUCGAUAUGGAACACUAUGAUGGGUGUGUCGCUGUUGAGCAUGCCAUGGGGUCUUUAUCAGGCUGGAUUUGCUUUCGGGUUAUUCAUUCUUUUAUUUAUGUGCUUAUUGUGCCUUUACACAUCAUACCUCGUCGUCAAAAGUCCUGAGAGUCUAGGUAAGCUGCUGCUUUUUCGCCUAUACAGUUCUCUUCAGAAUUACUCUUUUCUGCAUAAUUUGGAAUAUUCCGGUAACAUAAAUCAAGCCAAUAAAGUGGUAUGCAAAAUUGAUAAUGGCACAGCAAUCUUCUUCUCAAUUCAUUCCCUUUUUACCUUCAGUUUAUUACGCAGUGGUCAAAGAGGCCGGCUAAAAGCAACACUCAAUUUAUCACACUUAAGGAACACUGGGUCCCUAUCUGACCUACUCCCUACUUACCCAGUUCACAAUGGCAAAAUUUGA